CGAGGGUUUUCAGGCAUGUUAAGUUUCAGACAAUGAUUUGUGAAAAGUGAAAACCAAAAGUUCAUUAAAAAAAAAAAAGCAUGUAAAACUGUAAACUGUAAACUAGGAGCUCUUCUUCCAUGUCAAUCCCACUCUGCUACAAGCCUUCUGGGCUCUUGCUACAUUCACCAAGAACCAGAGGCCCCUUACUCUGCAAUCACAGCAGCAGCUUCAGCAAACAAGAACAAACUCACAACAACUGGACCGGGUUGAAAUUUAUUCGGGGCAAGAAGCUGUUGAAGGAUCUCAGCACUUGGGGCAUUGGGGGCCCUUGUAAUUAUUUUAUCCAAGUCUUGGAUCAAACCCAACUUGUUUCUGCUAUCAGAUUCUGUCAUGAGCAUUCGAUUAGGUUCGUUAUCAUUGGCAAAGGCUCAAACUGUUUAUUUGAUGAUUUGGGUUUUGAUGGUUGUGUCAUACUCAACCGGAUUGAGUUUUUGGAGGAGGAACCUGGUCUAUAUAGAGUUGGUAGUGGUUUCCGAUUUAACCGGUUAGGGGUACACUGCUCAAAUGAAGGAUUCACAGGGCUUGAGUUUGCUGGAGGAAUUCCUGGUACUGUAGGAGGAGCUACUUAUAUGAAUGCUGGAGCAAAUGGGCAGGAGACUGCUGAUGCUAUACAUUGUGUUGACAUUAUUACAAUGGAUGGAAGGCUUCAUAGACUUAGUAGGACUGAUCUCAAUUUCGGGUACCGUUCAUCUCCAUUUCAAGAUAUGCAAGAAUUGGCAGCUAUAACUGCUGUUACAUUUAAGCUGCAGCACUCGGGAUCAGCAAAGAGGAGGCAGCAUGAAUACAUGGAGAGGAGAAGAGCUUCUCAACCAGUUGGGGAACAAAGUGCUGGCUCGGUCUUUCGAAACCCAUUGGAUGUGGGAGUUGCUGCAGCUGAGUUGAUUGAGAAAGCUGGGCUGAAAGGCUUUAGAGUGGGAGGGGCAAUGGUAUCCAAAAUGCAUGCAAAUUUCUUCAUAAAUUGUGGUGGCUCAACCUCUCAAGACAUGCUUGACCUCCUUGCUUUAGUGAAGGAAAAGGUUGAUCAGAAAUUUGCAGUACAACUUAAGGAAGAAAUCCUAUAUGUUCACCCGCAUCGUAACGAUGUGAAAUCGAAACAAAGAUAAAUGACUUGUCAAUGUAUCUGAUGAAGAAACUAUGAGAUCAGUGCUUGCAAAGACACAACAUAUAGAUUUGUAAUGCUGAUAAAAGUAAGAAUCUUCAUUCAAAUAAAAAAGAUUGGUGCA